UAGUAAACAGCACCUAACGUUACAACUCUAACUAUAAAAGGAAAUCCAGCAGUAAUACCCUCUUUAGGGUUUUAGUUGGGUUUGGCUGAAGUCUCCAUCUUUUCGGGACGAUUAUCGCAUAUGGCGUCAGCACCGGCUUCGUUGUUGCCGGACUUGAAUCCAGAGGCUAUAACAGCAUCGGGAAAGGAUGCAGAGAAGCUUAACUUGCCUGCUUUACAGUCCAAAAUGAAGUCCGACCCAGAAGGCUACGAAAUGGAGCUCCAUUUGAUCUACAAUCAGUUCAAAUCGUCCAUGGAGCUUUUCCAGCAGCAGGCUGCGAUGAGCUUUACCUCUGUAAGUGGCAUCGCCGCCGACCCCACCGUCGCCAAGGAUUUGGGUGACCGGGCAUUGUUCUUGGCCCAUGUCACACCCUUUUAUCCAAAACACUUGGCCCAAUUUCCCAGGGAGCUUGCGCAGUUUCUUCGGUCGUCGGCCCGGACUCUUCCGUCAGGUCUUCGAGUUCAUGUCACCCAGGCCCUGAUUCUCUUGAUUAACAGAAAGAUGGUUGACAUUGUGGACAUACUGGAACUAUUCAUGGAGCUUCAGACUCUAGGUGACAGGACUCUGAGGACAUUGGCAUUUUCACACAUUAUUCAUAACAUUAGGCAUAUGAAUCAAAAGCACAAGAAUGAUCCAAAGAAUCGUGGACUUCAGAAUAUCUUGUUUUCUAUGCUUCAGCAAGAGGAUGAAACAAAAGCAAAGAGAUCACUCAUUACACUUUGUGAUCUUCACCGGAGGAAGGUGUGGUUUGAUGACAGGACUGCUAAUGCUAUUUGUACUGCAUGCUUUCAUACAUCACCGAGGAUCAUGAUUGCUACCCUCUCAUUCCUUCUUGAUUAUGAGAAGAUUGAAGAUGAUGAUAAUAGUGAUGAUUCAGGCAAUGAAGAUGAGCAGGCAACCCAACAGCCUCAGAUAGUGCUUAGUAAAGAGGUCGUCUACAAGGCAAAACAUAAAGGUACCUCAUCCAGCAAAAAGAAAAAGCAAGCAAAAUUGCAGCGUGUCAUGCGUAGCAUGAAGAAGCAGCAACGCAUGUCAUCAGAGAAGAACAAUUCAAGUUACUAUUCACCACUAAACCACUUGAAAGAUGCACAGGGAUUUGCUGAGAAGCUGUUCUCACGCCUUCAAACUACUAAUGAAAGGUUUGAGGUUGUUUUCUUUGUCCCUAGUUCUCCAGAUCAUCUUCUUGUCAAAGCAUAUCAUCCUGCAGAACUCUACUAUUUUUACUUUUUGGGCUUUUCAAUGCUACAGGUGAAAAUGAUGAUGCUGAAAGUCAUUGCACGAACUGUUGGUCUUCAUCGCUUAAUUCUGCUGAACCUAUAUCCUUACUUUCAGAAAUAUGUGCAGUCCCAUCAACGUGAUGUAACAAGUUUACUUGCAGCAGCUGUUCAGGCUUGCCAUGACAUGGUUCCACCUGAUGCUGUUGAACCAUUGUUCAAACAAAUAGUGAAUCAGUUUGUGCAUGAUCGAUCUCGCUCUGAGGCCAUUUCUGUUGGACUGAAUGUUGUACGGGAAAUAUGUCUGCGCAUGCCUCUGUUGAUGACAGAAGAUUUGCUGCAAGACCUUGUGUUAUAUAGGAAAUCACAUGAGAAAGCAGUUUCUUCGGCUGCUCGAUCACUGCUUACUUUGUUUAGAGAGGUUUGCCCAUCACUUUUGGUCAAGAAGGAUAGAGGGCGACCUGCUGAUCCCAAGGCCAGGCCUAAAGCAUAUGGUGAAGUCAAGGUCGCUUCCAAUGUCCCUGGAUUUGAGCUAUUGAAAGAUGACAAUACUGAAUCUGAGGCUGAUACUGAUGAUGGAUUUACUAGCUCUUCAGAUAUAGAUGAUGAUGUUGGUCCCAGUGAAGUGGAGGUUGCUGGUGAUAGUGGUUCUUCUGAUGGUGAUGACAAUGACAAUGAUGAUCAAGAUAUUGAUGACCAGGGUACCACCAGUGAAGAUGAUAGUAUGCAAGAAAAGAAUAAAGAUUCUGAAGAUGAUGAUGCUAAUUUUAGUUCUGAUAAUACUGAUGUUAUCAGUGAUGACGAUGAAAGUGGCAAGGCUGAUGGGCAUGACCCUGCAGCAUCUAGUGGUCCCUUGAGUAUUGCUAGUGAAACUUUUAGGACUGAUAGUGGUGGUGAAAGGGGGUAUAAGGCAGGUAAAAGGAAGUUUUCUGAUUUCAAUGAACAACUGAAUGCUGCCAGUCAAAGUCUUCGAGCCUUAAAGAAACUGGCAGGAGCUAGAGAGGGCAGCACCUCAGAGACAAAUGAUGGUAUUCUAUCUAAUGAGGACUUCCAGAGAAUAAAAGAGCUACAGGCCAAAAAGGAUGCAAGUAUUGCAUUAGCUCAACAUGGAUUUAAGAUUCCAAGCACAGACCAACUCAGUGCUAAAAGAGUUGAUGCUGCCAAACUCGAGGCUAAUAUCCGAAAAAAGAUGACCAAGGAAGAAAGGCUAGCACUGAUAAGGGCUGGGAGGGAGGAGAGGGGGAAGUACCAAGCUCGAACGGCUAUCAAACAGAAAAAGACUGGGGGUUUAAGCAAUCGGCAAAAAGAACACAAAAAGGCCAUGCCUCUUGCUGCCAAGAGAGCAAAGGUAUCGAGAUCAAGACAAGAGAAAAAGAGAAAACAGCAGCGUUCUGGUAAACAAUUUCGUGGGAGGAAAGCUUGGAAGUGACCGACUUUAUAGUUUUGCACUUUGAGAGUGUUAGCUAUACAGUUCAUUUAGGGUCAAUUGGUAGAUCUUGGUUAUUGAACAGUAGUAGUUGCAUAUUGUAGUACUUUCUUUUUUUUUUAAAUUCAAAGUGGAUUUAUCGUUUUUAUACUCAAUUGUUUUAGAUUUAACUAGUCAAAGGAAUGAAGAGUGAUGUACCUUAUAGUAACUCAUUAAUUAUACUAAGAGAAAAUGAGGAGACCUUGAUCAGAUAUCUAGUGGUUAGGGCCGUGAUUUUAAGAAUUAAUAAAUGUUGCUGAGUUUAAAUUCUUCUUUA